CUGAUCCUGGUCCGACAUGAAGUACGCGACUCUCCUGGCCGCUGCCGCCGGCCUGGCCUCGGCCUCGGCCGUUGCAUCCUCAACUUCCGCGGCCACGGCCACGCCCACCGUUGCGCUCGACUACUGCACGGUCGUGCCCGCGCAGGGCAACUCCAGCCUGGGAUACUAUUAUUUCCAGAACAUCCGGUAUGCGGCGUCGCCCACCGGCGACCUGCGCUUCGCGGCCCCCGAAUGGCCGCCGCAGGAGACCGGCAUCAACUCCGGGCAGUACGCCUCGGUGGACGUCGACUGCACCACGCAGGAAGACUGUCUCUUCCUCGACGUGUGGAUGCCGGCCGACGCCCUCGCGCGCAACGAGUCGCUGCCCGUCAUGGUCUACUUCUUCGGCGGCGGCUUCACCAACGGCGGCAAGACGCAGAGCACGCCCGAGGGCCUGUUCAACAUCUCCACCGACUUCAUCUUCGUCGCGUUCAACUACCGCCUCGGCUUCACGGGGCUGGCCAAUGGGCCCACCUACCAGCACCAGGGGGGGACCUCCAACCUGGCCAUCUGGGAUGCCAGCCACGGGCUGGAAUGGGUGCGCCGCUAUAUCGCCUCCUUUGGCGGCGAUCCCGGUCGAGUCACGGCCGCCGGGUUUUCCGCCGGGGCCUCGCAGGUCAUGUUCCAAUUGACACGCUUCGCGGGCCGUGCAGAGCAGCUGUUCGACCAGGCGUACAUCAUGUCGCCGGGCUACAUCCCUGGCGCCGGCCACUACCAAGCCGAGAGCUACUGGCAGAACGUGUCGGCCGCCGUCGGCUGUCCCGGCGGCGAUCUCUCCUGCAUGCGCCAGGCCAACUGGACCAACCUCACGGCGACAGGCGCAGACAUUGCCGACGCCUACGGGUACAAUCUGCAGCCGCGCGCGGAUGGAUACAUUGCGGCGGAUACUUAUGAAGCAGAGCUGUAUCAGAAGCAUUUCAACUUCAGCGGCCCGCUGGUGAUCAGCCACGAGCGCCACGAGGAGAACAGCCAGAACACGACGGGCAUCGACAGCGCAGAAGACGUGGCGGCCGAGCUGCACAUCUACUUCCCCGGCAUCACCGACCAGAUCGUCGACGAGAUCCUGACGCUGUACCCGGCGUGGCGGUACCCUUCGCCCGGGCUGCGGCUGUCAGACAUCCGGCAGUCCUUUGACAUGACGGCGCACAACCUCGCCCUGACGCAGGCGCUGAACAACCAGACGUGGAACGCCCGCGUCGAUCUCGACUCGGCCGUCCACGGCACCGACGGCCUCUUCUACUGGUAUUCCACGUAUGAGCUGCUGCCCCAGUCGGGGCUGGGGGGGGGAGUGUCGGGAUACGUCAAUGUGACUGUUGCUCAUCAAAUGCAAAAAUACCUGCUCUCCUUCGUGCUGACCGGCAACCCCAACACCCUCUGGCCCGAAGACAAGAUCCACUGGCCGCAGUAUGGCAACGAGACCAACACCCUCAUCUUCAACAACACCAUGAGCAUCACCACCGAUGAUCUGGCCAACGACCGCAGUCUCUUCUGGAACAAGGCUUUGUGGUAUUAGUGGAUCCUUGCUCAAUGUAUUAGCAGCUCAAUGAUUAUAUAC